AUGAGUAGAGUAAUUAUAGGUUUGGCUUCAAACAUUUAGAGAAGAAAACUAUUACCUUAAUCAUGGGAUGCAUUCCCAUUACAAGCUGCUAUUGUUUGGGGAUUAGUCAUGUUACUAUUUGAAGAUGAUAAAGGAUGUUUACAGAAUUCAUUAACAUCUAGCAUGACCUUUUUAUAUAAAGAUAGUGAUAGAUCUUAUUCAAAUUGGGCUGAACUAAUACCAUUUGAAAUGCCAGACUUUUUGUCAUUUCUUUGGAAAUGA